UAUUCACUGGCAUGCUCCCCACACCAGCCACAGCCGCUCUGCCAAUGAGCAGCAGGAUGGAGUCGCAGCCCGACUGUCAGUAGGCUGUCUAUGGGGGGUUUUCUUUCCUGGACGACGAGAGGUGAUGAUGGUGGUGAUGGUGAUGGUGAUGGUGUGUGUUCUCGGUUCUGCAGGCUUCAUGGACAUGUGCCAGACCAAAGUGUGGUGUUUUUUCCCCCUUUCCUGGGGAGGGGGGUUCUGACAGAGCAGCAGCAGCAGCAGCAUCCAACCCACCGACCUCUGACGGAUCUCUCACUGGCUCCGACUGAUUUCCACCAUGCGUCCGCAUUUCUGCAUGCGAUUGUUGCAUCACGUCUUUUCCCAGUUUAUCAGGAAGAAAAACAUCUUCAUUGACAUCUCCUCUGCACAUAAUCAGUGAUCUGUAGACACCACCCCCCCCCCCCCCCCUUUUUUCCCCCUCUUCCAUCAUCAUCAACAUCAUCAUCAUCAUCCUCAUCAUCCUCAUCAUGAUGCCCGUUCAGUGAUGGCCACUGUGGUCCCGCCAUCCUCCUCCAGAACCAGCAGGACCUCGGCGGGCUGAGCGCGUCAUGGACAGCGGGAGCCGGGCUGCUGCUGCUGCGGCGGUGGACAAUCUCACGGCGGCCGACGUCUGGCUGGUGCCCCUGAACGCGUCGAGCGCGCCGCCGGGCCGGUGGGACCGCAGCGCGCCGGCCGAGGGCGCGGGGCUGCACGAGCACCAGCGCCUCGUCCGGGAGCAGGCGUACCGGGACUUCACCACCACCGUCCAGGUCCUCGUCCUCAUAGGGUCGCUGCUCGGAAAUGCCACAGUGCUGUGGUGCACCUGCUGCACGAGCGUCUUCAAAUCCGUGACCAAUCGCUUCGUCAAGAACCUGGCGUGCUCGGGUAUCUGCGCCGGCCUGGUGUGCGUCCCCUUCGACGUGGCACUCGGAGCCAGCCCUCGCUGCUGCUGGUGGCUGCACGCGCUGCUGCUCUGCAAGGCCGUCAAGUUCCUCCACAAACUCUUCUGCUCGGCCACCGUGCUCAGCUUCAGCGCCAUCGCGCUCGACAGAUACUACUCAGUGCUGUACCCGUUAGAGAGGAAGAUCUCCGAUGCAAGAUCCAGGGAUCUGGUCAUCUAUAUCUGGAUCCAUGCGGUGGUGGCGAGCCUUCCCGUGUUUGCCGUGACCAACGUGACGGAUGUGUACGUCACCUCAUCCUGCUCAGAUGACCACGCCCGCUCCCUGGGCCACAUGGUGUACGUGUUGAUCUACAACGUCACCACGGUGAUCCUCCCGCUCGCCUUGGUCUUCCUGUUCAUGCUGCUGAUCCGCAGGGCGCUCAGCGCCAGCCAGAAGAAGAAGGUGAUCAUCGCGGCGCUGCGGACUCCACAGAACGGCAUCUCCAUCCCGUACGUGUCCCAGCGGGAGGCCGAGCUCCACGCCACACUGCUGGCCGUGGUGCUCGCGUUCUCCGCCUGCAGCGCCCCCUAUGGGGCCUUGGUGGUUUAUCGUACUAUUUUGGCAGACACCAAGGAGCUGCCCAUCUCACUGUAUCUCACGGCCCUGUGGCUCCCCAAGGUGUCUCUGCUCACCAACCCACUCUUGUUUCUGACCGUUAACCGCUCAGCGCGUCACAGCUGGAUGGACCUGCUGGCCAGGAUUCACAGACGCUACAGCCGCCGUAACGCGGUUAGCACGGGAGGUCUGGCCUCUCUGGGAGCCGAGGGGGCCGUCGGGGAGCCAGUGGGACUGGAGGCAGCCGGCCGCUCUGGGAGCCAACUUCUGGAGAUGUUCAACAUUGGCCAGCAGCAGAUCUUUAGACCCUCCGAGGAAGAGGACGAAGAGGAGGACGCCGAGAACGGAAUCCCUGCUCGAGGAUCGCGAAACUGCUCUGGGCCUCAAGAGGACCCGAAGGCCGGGUCGAGAUUAGGGAGCCUCAGAGGGGAGGUGACCACCAAAAAGGACCCCCUGCAGGGCACAGGCGGGGGGCUGGUCAUCACCAAAGAGGGCCCUCCUGCGAUCACAGCACCCCGGGCCUCUCCGGUCCACACAUGCGCUUACGCCUCGUCGUCGCAGGUGGCGCCAGCCACGCCAACGGAAGCUGAGGACUCCACGCAGUUUGGCUUUGGACCAUUUGAGCUGCCUCCUCAGUGGUUACCAGAGACCAGGAACAGCAAGAAGAGGCUGUUGCCUCCACUGGGUAACACGCCCGAGGAGCUGAUCCAGACCAAACUGCCCAGGCCUCGGCCUGAGCGGAGAAUCAGCAGGAACAAUAAGGUCAGCACCAUUCCCACUGUGGACCAAUGAAGCGUUGAUCCCGAUCUGUGCCUCUCGAGUCAACCGGGCCUCGGCAGGAGGAUCUUGAUGUGUCAGGCUGCUCGGUGAGAUGCUUGGUUUCUUUUAGGUCGUUUAAUCCUGAGUUUACUGCACAAAAGUCUAGACGCCCGGGGGGCACAUCCGUUUUCUUGUUGGACAAAAAUCUAUUUGAUAUUAAACAUUUAAUUUGCUGUGAGAAAUACGUCUAGCUCAGCCCGACUUCAUGACCACUUGGGCAGGAACAAUGGAACAAUGACUACUUGAUUGAGAGGGCAGAUGCCGGUUUGCAUCUCCCUCUUUUGAUUAGUAGUUAAAUGAAUACAAAUCAAAUUAUUAUUAUGCUCUGAUACUGGAUAACAAUUUUCAAAGGAAAUAAUCAAGUGGGGAUAUUGAAUCUUCCAACAAAACAUUUUAUAAAAUGGGUACGCAGUGAUCGCACUUUGUACACACGUCUCAUUUUGACACGUUUUACUUCAGUAUUUGGGAUUAACACGUCUUUUUUCCCCCCUCGAGCCCCACUUUUGCAAAAUUUGCAUUUCUUCUAAUGUGGUAGAUAUCGUUAUCAUCUGUAAUUUUAAAUGUGAGUGGAUUUGAUGAGAAAAAUUCAAAAUGCAGAUGUACCAUAUGCAAAUACAUGUUAUAAAAAUGUGAUAUUUUCACAGUUUGAUUGCUUCUGUAACCCAAAGAGCGACCAUUGAUUUUUUUUUUUGUUUGUUUUAAUAAGAAAGAAACCAUGAUAACCAUUCAGGUUGAGAAUCUUUUAGACCCCUCUGAUCAAUUGUAUUGAUUCGUUCCACUUUUUUCCUGAAAAUCAAUUUGUAAGAAUAAAGCGAAAAAGAGCACGGAAAUAAUUCAUAUCAUCAGA